GACGAUCUGCCAUCCGUGGCCCCAGCUCCCUAAUGAAGAAGGUGGAACCCUCUAACGACCAGAUGCUGGAGGCUGCCACAGAGGAGUCCUCUACCAGCCUGGCGCCCAGCAUGCUCUUCCUAACCACCGCAGACGCUGCCACGCCCACCACAGAAGAGUCCCGGAUCCUGCCUGUCACCUCCCUGCAACCCCAGGCACAGCCCAGGUCUGAUGGGGACGUGAUGCCCACACUAGACAUGGCCUUAUUUGACUGGACUGACUAUGAAGACUUAAAGCCAGAGGCGUGGCCCUCUGCAAAGAAGAAAGAGAAGCACUGGAGUCACUUCACCAAUGAUGGUAACGAGACAUCGCCAGCUGAGGGGGAACCAUGUGACCAUCACCAGGAUUGCCUGCCAGGAACUUGCUGCGACCUCCGGGAACAUCUCUGCAUGCCCCACAACCGCGGCCUCAACAACAAAUGUUUCGAUGACUGCAUGUGUGUGGAAG